AUGAAGUUUUCUAGAUCAACCUCAACUCAUCUUACUAAUUUAACAUUUAGAUCUAGUAAUCCAAGCACUAUUUAAACACCAUAAAGUAAUUCUCGUUUGAGUGAGGUAAAUAAUAAAAUUGAUGAUCUAUUAAAAAAAUCAUCAACAUAAAUCAACAAAUAAGAAUUUAAAUUUCCAUCAUAAGAAAAAAAGAUUAAUUAAACUUAUAAUCAUACUCUUGUUGUUGAAUAAAUAUAAAAAGAAAAAAAAUAAUUGUUGACCAUUCUAUUAUAAAAAGAUAGCAUUAUAAGAGAUUAAUAGAAUAAGAUUGCAUAAUUAGAUUUAUAGAAUAAGAAUUUGAUGAAAUAAUUAUAAUAAUUCAGCAAUCUAUAACCCUAAAUGGAAUAAUUGGAAGAAUAAUGUUAAUAAAUUAUUAAACAGAAUGAAUAACUGAAAUAUGAAAAAAACUAAAUAUAAACCUCACUUAAUUAUCUUAAAUGCUAAAAUAUUUAAGUUAUAAGUCAAGAAUUAAAGAAUUCGUUGUAAUAAUUACAUUAACAAAUUAAGAAAUAUUAUAUAUGCAAUUAUAAAGAAGACUAUUAUAAUCUAGAAUAAAGUAGGAUGACUCUAAAAAUGAGUGACUUUGAUUUCUAUAUUAUCUUAAGGGAAUGUUUGGAUUGCAUAUUGUAUAUGAUUAAAAAUACUGACCAUUCACUAGAAAAUUAUUUUAAUAAAAAUACUAAAAUAUGA